AUGGCCCCGGGGACAAACGCCGGCCUCUACUCACUAGAUGGGCCGGCCGGGGGUCCCGAGGCCCCGGGCUGGCGCUGCCCCCCGCACGUGCGGCUCUGCGGGCACCUGCGCAAGCCCAAGUCGCUGCGCCGCCGCUCCUUCGCGCUCCGCGCCGACCCGCCCCGGCUCGAGUGCUACGAGAGCGAGAAGCAGUUCCGCGCCUCCGGAGCCCGGGGCGCGCCGCCGCGGCGCAGCCUCAGCCUGGCGGGCGCGUGCACCACCGGCAAGCGGGCGGGCGCGCGCCGGCGCCCCCUCAUCGUGCUGCACACCCGCGACGGAGGCCUGCCCUGGACGACGGAGGGAGGCCUGGCCCUGGACGCCGCCUCCGAGGACCAGCAGCACGUCUGGUACAGCGCCAUGCUCCAGCUGCGCAACCGCAACGCCGCCGCCGCCGCCUCAGGUGCCAGCAGCCCCGAGGAGGCCGGACCCCCCGCCCCGUCGUUCCAGGAGGUCUGGCCGGUGACCCUGCGCCCCAGGGGGCCGGGGCAGAGCCGGGGGGCCUUGGUCGGGGGUGGCUACCGCCUGUGCCUGGGGAACGGGGCCUUGACCCUGGUGAAGAAGGCGGGCAGGGGCGGAGACCCGCGGGCUGUCGCUUCUGCCGGCCGGGCCCCCGGGGCCGCCGGUCCUGGGGGUGGCCCGGCCCCUCCCGCCGCCCUGGUCCUGCCCCUGCUCAGCGUCCGGCGCUGCGGACACUCCGACGCCUUCUUCUUCCUGGAGCUCGGCCGCUCGGCCCCCACCGGGCCCGGGGAGCUGUGGCUGCAGGCCCCCGACGCCGUGGUGGCCCGGGGCAUCCACGAGACCGUGCUGGACGCCAUGAAGCGGCUCGGAGGCGGGGCGGCCCCCACCAAGCCCCCUCCUCUGCGCGCCCCGGGGCCGCCCCCCCAUGAGGGGGCGUCCCCGGAGGACGGGGGGACCCGGGCCUCGGGCUCCUACAUGGCGAUGGGGCGGGGGGCGGAUUACGUGCCCAUGGGGCCCGGUGAGGCGGGGGGCUACAUGGUCAUGGCCCCCCCGGGCGGGUCCCCCCUCUCCCCAUCCUCCCCCGACUACGUGAACACGGGAGGGUCGCCCCGACCCCACGCUCCCUUCCCCUCCUGCUCCCUCCCGCGCUCCUUUAGAGUCGGGGGUCCGGGCCCGGGGGACGCCCCCGAGGGGGAGUACGUGGCCAUCGGCCUCCCGACCUCCGACUACGUCCCAUGGCCCCGGGGAGGGGGGACGGACCCCCAGCCCCGCUCCCGGCCCGGGACCCCGGCCUCAAUUACAUUGACC